AUGCAUCGAUAUCAACAACAAUUACUCUGUUUCACUUUAUUUCUUGCAUUAACAUAUGCAGAAUUGAAAAUCACUAGUUUUAAAUCGCAUGCUGAUAAAGCUGGUGUUUACGAUACGCGUGUCGACUUAGAAGCAGCGAUCACCGAUUGUUUAAAUUGUAAGUGUGAAGUGCACAUCGAUAAUGCAUUCGACCCACCCACCCAAGUCAUAUUGGCGGCAGACAAAAAAACUGGCACUUCAACAGUUUCACAUCUCAAGCCACAUACCACUUACAAAUUCAUUUUAACCUGUAAAGAGCCCGUAGACGGAGCGAAAAUAGUCGACGCAAAUUUAGAAAUCAAAACAGAUUUCGACCGUCCUUUAGCUCCUCUCAAUAUCUCAUGUGAUUUUCCUACAGGUCUCUUAAAACCUCUAUUUAGAUGGCAAUCUUCUCCAAGCUACCCUUCGAAUCCAAGCAUUACUUACAAAAUCGUAGUCGAUGAAAAGGAGAUUGUCAGUACGGGAAACACAGUAUAUGCAGGACCGCAUGACUAUGAACAAAAAACUGAGCAUACAUAUAAUGUGUUUGCAUGUUAUGAAAAUCAUCAAAAAGUUACCCUUUGUUCAACUGAUAAUGGCCUUAAAAAACGCUUCACAGUGCCUGAACUGCUUACAACAACAACAACAACCACCACUACUACCACUACUACUACUACUACUACUACUAUUACUACUACAAGCACAACGACAACAGCCGAAGCUUCAUCUGCUACCUUUUCCUAUACCAUCUCUAUCGCUAUGCUCAUCUUUUCUCUUUUCUUGUGUAUGCAAAUGAAAUAA